AAACUAAUGGCGACCUCCUGAUGCUCCUUUCUGAGUGUCGAGGCCGUGGGCUGCUCAGCGCCUCUCCUGUCUUUACAGUCUGCGUAUAGUCGCUCAUUACUGCAUCUUGAAGUGUAGAGAGCUUUUCGUAGCGCGUUUCAUUGCGCAUUGCCCUCACAGACCCCGGUCCCCGCCUGCAACCGCCGAUUCGAAACACUCGACGCCAGCGCGUGCACACUUAUUGACCAGUUCGAGACUGGAUGCUUGCCCCAUAACACCCACGCAAUGACGGAGGUGACAGCCACCACCAUGGACGUCGAAAACAGUGUCACGAUUCCCACCGUCGAGGAGCCGCGGCCGCCCAGAACCCAUGUCGAUUCCACGCCGCUGCCGACCGACUCGAUGGUGACGGUGCCGCUGUCUGAGGCUAGCACGCCCGAUGAUGAUGUCCGAGAGUCUAUAAUACGGCCAGAGAUCAUAGUAGAGGAGCGGAGGCUGUCGUCACGACCAAGUUCAGACGAAAUCCACAAGGCAUUCGGCCGCCGUGGGAGUCAAGCCAGCGUUGCUGCCCCAACCUCGACCAGCCCCACUGUGUCAGUCCACAAUGUCGAUGCAACAGAGACACCGAAGUCGACACGGUCGAGGAGUGGCAGCGACAGCUCAGCAGACGCCAAGGUAGAUUGGGCGGAGCUGGAGAAGAAGGAGACACAGCAGAACCACCAGGGCCAGGAUGAUGCCAUGGCGUUGCUCCUCGCACGCCUCGAACAAGAGAACAAUGCCCUGAUGUCCGACUCCAAGGCAGGCAUGAAGUCAGCCAUGAAGAGUGCCCGCGCUCGUAGCCAGUCUCGGCCGCCGUCCUUCCAACAGCUCAAGCGUCUUGUGCAGAAUGAUGCCUCGGACGUUCGAUUCUCUCAGCUACCGUCACCACCGCCCAUGACCGAGCUCGAAUUCUGGGCGGCCCUUGUCCGCGACUACCCGCAAGUGGUGCAACGAUUACCGACGCUGUGUCUGAACAAGAUUCGUGGCGGCAUUCCUGCACCGCUACGAGGCGUUGUGUGGCAGAGUGCGUCUGGAGCACGCGACAAGCUGAUCGAGGAUCAGUACGAUUCACUUUGUGGAGAGUCGAGUCCGUAUGAGAACAUCAUCAACAAGGAUCUUGGCCGAAGUUUUCCUGGCGUUGAGAUGUUCAAGGACCCCGAGGGCGAAGGUCAGAAGAUGCUGGGCCGCGUGCUGAAGUGCUUUAGCUUGUAUGACAACAAGAUAGGGUACUGCCAGGGUCUUGGCUUCCUCGUUGGCCCGCUUCUCAUGCAGAUGGGCGACAAGGAGGCCUUCUGCGUGCUUGUCAGGCUCAUGGAAGACUACGACCUUCGCUCUUGCUUCCUUCCUGACCUCUCAGGUCUGCACCUGCGCAUCUUUCAGUUCCAGAAACUGCUGAGCCAGCACAUGCCAGACCUCGCGCUGCACCUUGAGGAGAUGCAGAUCGAAUCUGCUUACCUUUCGCAGUGGUUUCUGUCAUUCUUCGCAGUCACAUGUCCACUGCCUAUGCUGUUCCGCAUUUACGACGUACUCUUUGCUGAGGGCGCCUCCGAAACCAUCAUGCGUGUUGCCCUUGCGCUCAUGAAGAGGAACGAAGCCAAGUUGCUCUCACUGACCGAGAUGGAAGACGUCAUGCAACUACUCCUUGGCCGCCAAUUGUGGAAUCCCUACGGCCGAAACGCACACUCGGCGGACGAGCUGGUGAGCGACUUUGUUUCGUUCACCAACGACGUUACGCGAGAGAAGUUGCAGGGACUAGAACAGCAGUACAAGGAAGCGCAGGAGAAGGAAUCCGCUAAGCAACAAGUCAACAAAUCCGCUACAUCGUUUUUGGGCCGCUUGUGGGGCCCUUCUAAUUCGUCUACGAAGUCCGUGUCUCUCAGCCCGGGCCUAUCUGCGCCUUCACGUCCGGUCAGCUUCCUGAGAAGGACACCGUCGAAACAAAGCCUCGCUUCUACCCUGAACUCUACCGCCGAGUCCGACACAUCAGCGGCGACCCAAAGUACAGCUUUGACAGACAUCUCUCGUGCUUCUCACGCAGACACCAUGUCGAUAAAGUCAGGACAUGCGUCUGUUGCCAUGAGCAUCUCAGCGAAGGACAGGGACUUGCAUUACCAGAUUGAGCAGCUUCUUAUGUCUGUGAGCCAGCUGCAGCGACAGAACAGCGAGCUGGAGGCUGCACUGCAGAAGCAGCGCGAGGACCGAAAGGAAGACCAUCGUGUCGUGCGGUCUGUUGUUGACAAAAUUCGAAAGAAGGACUCAACACUGUCUGCACCAUCAUCACGCGCGUCAAGACGAAGGACCACCAUCACAGCCGCUACCGACGUCCCAGCCUCCAGCGAAUCAUCGACAGAGCUGUCAGGAGAGAGUGUUGACAUAGCGGAAGCAUUGGAAACGCAAUUCCCAGCGACACAAACGCAUCACCGCGCUUCUUCCAUGUUUGAGACAAAACAACUACUUCGCGACAACUUGUCUCGGACCAAGGAUCAAUUAGCCUCAGAAACGUCACGAGCGCAGGCGCUUGCUCGCGAGCUCAACGACUGUCAAUCUGAACUCCAGAUCGCACGGGAUGCGCUCAAAGACACACGAAACCGUCUUGCAGACUCGUACAACCAGAAUCAGAGACAAGAGAAGACAAUUAAUGAUCUACGACAAAGUGCACGCAAGACUGCUGCGGCAGCAAGCUGGACCUCUGCAGACGACACCUCACCCAACAUCACACCCACGUUGAGUAGAAGCACUACAUCUGAAAGUGUUACAAGUGGACUGAGGGAGCUACGUCUUGGCCGCACCGCAUCCCAAAAGUCGACUCGCGAACACCCACCACCCAUUACCUUCAACAAGCGAUCCUCCUCGCUCGCCAUGCAGCCAGUCCUCGCAAACGACAACAACGCACCGGCCGACAAUGAGCAGCUGCUUCUUGAGCUCGUCAAUGCAAAGACCGCAGAAGCUGUUGCGCGACAAGAGCUUGAGGAGAUGAGGGUGAAGUUUGAAGGCCUGAAGAGGACCAUGAGUGCGCAGCCCACUGCGAGUGCAACAGCAAGUCCAGUAGUAACGCCGACACCGACACCAGCUGCCGUGCCUGAGGCGAAGAAGGAAGGUGCUGCUGCUGGUGGCUGGACAUGGGGAGGAUGGAAGAGGACAGUGAGUACAACGAACGCCAGCAUUUCGUAAGGGAGACGUAACGCCAUGUUUGGAAGAUAUACAAUAUAUGUAUGCAACGACACGACGAGCUACGUGGAGGUCGACAGUAUGGGAGACAUAGGCACCGGAUGCCACCACUAUUAUUCAUGUAUUGAGAUACCUAGUGCUAUCUAUAGCACUCCAGCUUUCCCAGCCAAGGCAUGGUUGAGAGCAUAGUUUAGAUCAUUCUUGGGCCUAAUAG